AUGGCGCUCUUCCGAUCCCUCGCCCGCCAGUUCAAGGCUCUCUCCGUCGCGGCGCCGCGCGUGGCCGCCCCCAGCGCGCUCUCGCAGGCCCCGCGCUUCGCCGCCGCGCCCGCCGCCGCCCCCACGCUCGUGUCCACGCUGGCCAUGCGCUCCGCCAUCGCCUUCCCGCAGCUGCAGGUGCGCGCCAUGGGCUACAAGCUCAAGACCAAGGCGGCCGUCAAGAAGCGCUUCAAGGUCAACAAGAACGGCCUCGUCAAGCGCGCGCAGGCCAACAAGCGCCACAUUGCCACCAAGAAGACGCGCGAGCGCAUCCGCCGCCUGGGCAAGCCCGUGUUCGUGGAGGGCAAGAUCCGCAAGAACGUGCUGCGGAUGCUCGGCAAGAAGUAG